AUGCAGGCUUCUACAUUGCACCCUAAAGCCCUAAGAUCACGAGACGCGAUGUCGCAACAGCCGAACACAACGCGACAGCGAGGCAUCCUGAGAGUGGGUGUGGACAAGGCAAAGUCAGCCGAGAAGGAGUUGCACGCUCUGCAUAUUGCAUCUGCAAAUGGCCUGGAGCAAGCCGUCAGCUGCCUCCUGGAGGCCCGGACCGAACCAGACAUCCGCACAAAAGCCGGGUUGACACCGCUCUACUUCGCUGCCGCCUGGGCGCGUGAGGGCGUGGCCGACUGCCUCCUGGCCGCUGCAGCAGAGAUCGAUGCUGCGGCCUCCAACGGUUGGACGCCUCUGUUCGUGGCCGUUCAGCGCGAACGGGUCGAUAUCGCAAAGCUUCUUUUGAAAAGCAGGGCCGACAUGAACAGA